AUGCGGAAGGUCCCUGGUUCCACCCCUGGCAUGGUUCUUUCUCAGACCCCUUUGCUGAAGGACCUAUCUCCUGCAAACGUUGGAGCCUUGCCGGUGAUAUAUGAAAGCUCCCCAGUAUCCGGUCGCUCGACAUUGUCAUCGAAAAGUAAGCAGGACUCCUCUGCUUUUUGCUUAGCACCUGGAGUGGGGUCAAAAGGGAAGAAGGAUCCCAACCAUGUCACAGGCAUUGAGAAUGGUCAAGAGGCAUCCACAAGAUCAGUGAUGCCUUCACAAAAAGGCCACAACGACUUGUCGAAGGAAGCGGGAGUGUAA